CCUGCCCGCGUCCUGCCCGUGUCCUGCCCGCGUCCUGCCCGCGUCCUGCCUGCCGUGGCUCCCCUCCUCGCCAUGUGUCCCCUACCUGCCGCGGGUCCUCUCUCUGCUGUGUCUCCCCUUCCUGCCCUGGGUCCCCUCCUUGCCAUGCGUCCCCAGCCCGCUGCUCCCCCUCUGCCCACCUCUGACCGCGAAUUCCCUCCCGCAGGAGAUGGAGCUGGAGCCCCGGGGGAACGGCCUGGAGCCGGUGGGACACUACGAAGAGAUCGAGAUUUCCGAGAGCAGCGUCAACAACGGCCCCGAGCACAUCGGCCCCCACUGCUUCGAGCUGCUCCGCGUCCUGGGCAAGGGUGGCUACGGCAAGGUGUUCCAGGUGCGCAAAGUGCAGGGCACCAACACGGGGAAGAUCUUCGCCAUGAAGGUCCUGAAGAAGGCCAAGAUCGCCUGCAACGCCAAGGACACGGCGCACACCCGUGCGGAGAGGAACAUCCUGGAGGCUGUCAAGCACCCCUUCAUCGUCGACCUCAUCUACGCCUUCCAGACGGGCGGCAAGCUCUACCUCAUCCUGGAGUGCCUCAGCGGUGGAGAGCUCUUCAUGCAGCUGGAGCGGGAAGGGAUUUUCCUGGAGGACACUGCCUGUUUCUACCUGAGCGAGAUCACGCUGGCACUGGGUCACCUGCAUUCCCACGGGAUCAUCUACCGGGAUCUUAAGCCGGAGAAUAUCAUGCUCAACAGCCAAGGUCACAUCAAGCUGACCGACUUCGGCCUGUGCAAGGAGUCCAUCCACGACGGAGCCGUCACCCACACCUUCUGCGGCACCAUCGAGUACAUGGCCCCCGAGAUCCUGGUGCGGAGCGGGCACAACCGGGCAGUGGACUGGUGGAGCCUGGGCGCCCUGAUGUACGACAUGCUCACCGGAUCGCCGCCGUUCACCGCCGAGAACCGCAAGAAGACCAUCGACAAGAUCCUCAAGGGGAAGCUGGUGCUGCCGCCCUACCUGACGCCCGACGCUCGGGACCUCCUCAAGAAGUUCCUCAAGCGGAACCCCAGCCAGCGGGUUGGGGGGGGCCCCGGCGACGCGGCCGAUGUGCAGAAACAGCCCUUCUUCCGCCACAUCAACUGGGAGGACCUGCUGGCGCGCAGGCUGGAUCCGCCCUUCAAGCCCUGCCUGCAGUCGGAGGAGGAUGUGAGCCAGUUCGACACGCGCUUCACCCGCCAGACCCCCGUGGACAGCCCCGACGACGCUGCCAUCAGCGAGAGCGCCAACCAGGCCUUCCUGGGCUUCACCUACGUGGCGCCCUCCGUGCUGGAGAGCAUCAAGGAGGGGUUCUCCUUCCAGCCCAAGGUGCGCUCCCCCCGCCGCCUCAACAGCAGCCCCCGCACCCCCGUCAGGUACCGGGGUACAGGCGGUGCUUUGGGGUGGGGGGCUUUGGGGUGGAGGCCUUUUGGGAUGGGGGCUUCAGAGUGGGCACCAAGGUGGGGACAGAGGACAGUGCUGGAGGUGCAGUGGGGGGUGUGCAUAGAGGGUGGAGGGGCUCAACCUGCGCCAUCCUGGGAAUCCAGAGAGACUGUGAGGGCAGUGGGGUGAGGGUUUGGGGUGCUUCGGGGUGAGGGAAUCAGGGUGGG